UCGGACGUUUUGAUUUCAUUGUCUGGCUAGGGGACUGCUGAAGAAUUCUGCUGAAUUCGAGAGGUCGUUUGAUUUGACGACAAAAACAGAACCUCAGAGAGACAAAGACACCACACCAGGAGACCGAGCUAGCAUGACCAGUACUGCAGCCAGACCACCAUAACCCCCGGACAGUCGGACAGAGAGUAUCUGCUGCCUGGCCCUACUGCCUAGACCUCACCCCAGCCUGGCCCUGCUGCCUGGCCCUACUGCCUAGACCUCACCCCAGCCUGGCCCUGCUGCCUGGCCCUACUGCCUAGACCUCACCCCAGCCUGGCCCUGCUGCCUGGCCCUACUGCCUAGACCUCACCCCAGCCUGGCCCUGCUGUAUGGUUGAUCUGCACCCCUGCAGAGCAGUAUGGAGGCAUGGCAGGAUAAACAAGGCCUGCAGACGAUGAACCUGCGGUCUGUGUUCACACUGGAGCAGCAGCGAGUCCUGGAGAGCUACUAUGACAACGGGAUGACCAAUCAGAGCAAGAGCUGCUUCCAGCUGAUCCUUCAGUGUUCUCAGGAGACCAAACUGGACUUCAGCGUGGUGCGGACCUGGGUGGGCAACAAGAGGCGGAAGCUGGCCUCCAGGGCUGACCAGAAUACGGGCGUGUCCCACUCCAAUCACGGCCUUUCUCUGGGAGCUCUCUCCAAUCACAGCCUGGCUGGGGGAGCUCUGUCCAAUCACACGCUAGCGGGCGGGGCUUUAGUGGCGGGCACCAUGCUGACAGCAGAGAUGGCGGCGGCUCGGAACAUCCAGAGAGGCUCCUCCUACCUCCUCCCUCCAUCCUCCUCCUCUUCCUCCUCUCCUCUUAGCUCUGUCAACAACAACAAUGAUGUCAUCCUGACUGGGAGUUACUCUCUAGACUCCGCUUCUGGUUCCCGGCCCACUGUUAAGCCCCUCUCCUCUCACUCUGACCCUGAGCUAUCUGCACAUGUCCAUCAAACUCAGCUCAACCAAUCACAGCACAGGAGGAAUAGUUCUGUCUCCUCCACCCUCCAGCUCCACUCCAGAUUGGGUACCAUGUCACUUCCUCGCUGUAAACCCCCCUCACUCUCCUCUUCCCCCUCCUUCUCCUCACCCCCCGGCCACCCCAUCCACAGCCUGACCAAGUGGGGGGGUUUCCCCACUGGUAGGGGAGGGGGGGCAGAGGGGCAGGAGGGGCUGGGGCAGGGGGCAGUAGGAGGGGCAGGAGGGGCUGGGGCAGGAGGGGCAGGAGGGGCUGGGGCAGUAGGAGGGGCAGGAGGGGCUGGGGCAGGGGGGUCAGUAGGAGGGGCAGGAGGGGCUGGGGCAGGGGGGGCAGUAGGAGGGGCAGGGGGGGCAGUAGGAGGGGCAGGAGGGGAUGGGGAAGGAGGGUUUGGGGCAGAGGUGGCAGUAGGAGGGGCAGGAGGGGCUGGGGCAGGGGGGGCAGUAGGGGAGGUACCUCGGAGCUGGGCAAGACAGUAUGGUUCUCUCCAGCCUGGCCCCUGGCCCUCUCCCUCCCAGCUCCAGCCCAGGCUUCACUCCAACCCCCAGACUCUCCCACCUCACCCCACCAGGCCCCGUCCCUCCUCCCCUGCCCCUGCCCCUCCCCCUCCUCACCCUAACCCUCCCCCUUCAGACCACUCCCCCCCCAUUCAUCAGGUCUUCAGCCUAUUGGAGAGGGGGGAGGGGGAGGGACUAGGACAAGGACAGCCUUCUGAUAGGAGCAGGCAGGAGAGACACAGACAGACUCCCCGCCCCUCGGACGCUAUUGGCUGCCUCUCUAUCGCCAUGGAGACGGGUGAUGAAGAGGAUGAGUGGCAGAGGGAGGAAGAGUUAUCCAACAUGGCUGCCACAGCCCGCGGGGACCUCCAGAGAGGCCAGGGGGGGAGGGACAGCCUCAGCCCCAGCAGGGAAGAGGGAUCUGGGGGGAGAGACCUCACAUCCCCCUCCCUGGUACUCAGCAGCUCCAGGCCUGGUCCAUACCCUCGGGGCAGCUACCCAGUUACUACAACACUACAGACCUCACCUAGUAUACAGGUUCCCUCUGCUCCGUGGCUCAUCAAUAACUCCAGGAAGAGAACUCUACAGGACAGAACCCAGUUCAGUGAUGUGGACCUGGUCCAGUUGAAGCGGUACUGGGACCGAGGGAUGACCAGUCUGGGUUCUGUCUGCAGAGAGAAGAUCAACGCAGCAGCCAAUCAGCUCAACGUAGACACUGAGAUAGUCAAGACGUGGAUCGGGAACCGGAGGAGGAAAUGCCGUCUGAUGGGCAUAAAGAUCCCGCCCCCUAAAAGUGGGCAGGCCUUGUUCCUGACAUCACAGGAAGGGGAGGAGUCUCCCUCUGCACUGAGUUCCGAUGGGGAGGGGCUUAGAACGGCAGAGCUGGGAGACAAUCUAAACGAUGGAGCGUCCUUUUGUCUGUCCGAGGAUGGGACCAGUGAGCCAUACCAGAGCGAAGAAGAGAACGGAGUAGAGGAGGAGAGCAGCAGCGCCCCCAUGGCUCACAACGUGAAGAUAGAGGUGAUUGAUGAUGAGGAGGAUGGUGUUGAGAUGGUCGGAUCUGAUAUGGAAAACAUGCAGAACCUCCUGGAGUUUAAGUUGGAGGAGGUGCAGUAUCUGGAAAACCAACUAGAGAACCAGAAUCAGAGAUAUAAUGAGUUGGAGACCUUCACCAAGAGUCUCCUGACUGCUGUACGGACCAACAACCUGGACAGACAACAGGAGCUCCUAGCCAGCCUACCUCAGCCUUCAGAUCAGGACUGGGACAUGAGUCCAGAGGGAGGAGCCAACUCAAUCUCCAUAACAACACACUCUGCAGCCAAUCAUGAGUCCCCGUUGGCCACCGGGAGCAACGACAAGACACCAUUGGUCAACCCCAACAAGGACCUCCCAUUGGUCACUAUAAACGAAGACGGUUCAUUGAUUGCUGAGCUCAACGAGUCGUCUGUAUCAGAGGAACUAGAGACUGAGACCGGACCAGAGUGACUACUGACACACACAAACACACUCCACACCCCGGGCCUGUGGAUGGAUCCUAAACUAACCCCAGGCCUGUGGAUGGAUCCUAAACUAACCCCAGGCCUGUGGAUGGAUCCUAAACUAACCCCAGGCCUGUGGAUGGAUCCUAAACUAACCCCGGGCCUGUGGGUGGAUCCUAAACUAACCCUGGGCCUGUGGAUGGAUCCUAAACUAACCCCAGGCCUGUGGAUGGAACCUAAACUAACCCCGGGCCUGUGGAUGGAUCCUAAACUAACCCCAGGCCUGUGGAUGGAUCCUAAACUAACCCCGGGCCUGUGGAUGGAUCCUAAACUAACCCUGGGCCUGUGGAUGGAUCCUAAACUAACCCCAGGCCUGUGGAUGGAUCCUAAACUAACCCCGGGCCUGUGGAUGGAUCCUAAACUAACCCUGGGCCUGUGGAUGGAUCCUAAACUAACCCCGGGCCUGUGGAUGGAUCCUAAACUAACCCCGGGCCUGUGGAUGGAUCCUAAACUAACCCCAGGCCUGUGGAUGGAUCCUUAACUAACUGUGCUGUCUAGCAAUGCCUUUUCUAUUACAUAUCACUCUGCCUUGUCUGGUCAGGUUCCAGACACAACAAUAAACAGACUCCAUAAUAACUGA